AAUAAGAAUAUAUAUAAGUAUUUAAAGCAAUUACUAUAUGAAAUUGAUAAUAAGAUAUUAAGCGUGUUGUGAGAAUCUACUGUGAGUUUGGACUAUACAAAUAGGUUUUAAUUUGACCUACACCAAAAAAGUGUUACGUGUUAGGACGACAAGUCAUAAUUGAAUGUAAAGUGAUUUCUAUCUUAUGGUGGGAAGAAAUAGCAACCUUAAUAACAGUAGUGGAUAAUUUAUAAAACAAUUUAUUUCUAUAACUAAAUUAUUCACAAUGUGUACAAUGACUUGGACUGAAUUUCUGGACGAAUGUAAUGAGUUUUUGAAAAUCUCGGAGAAGUUAAACGAUACUUGGAGUUUGUAUAAAAAAAAUGAAAAUGAAGGGAACUCGUUUUUAAUACACAAACAAAAAAUAACAAUUAAUAUUAAUCAACCUCCAUCAGACACUGCAAAUCAGUCAAAUGAGGCCAAAUCAGAAACUGCAAAUCAGUCGAAUGAGCCCAAAUCAGAAACUGCAAAUCAGUUAAAUAAUGAAACAGUUAACGAAGAUGACAACUCUGAAAUUAUAGAAAUGGAAUGUCAUAAUAAAGAGUCUACUAAUUCGAUAGCUAUUGAAACAGCUAACGAAGAUGAUACCUCUGAAAUUAUAGAAAUGGAAUAUCAUAUUGUUUAUAGCAUUUCAUAUCAAGUUCCGGUCUUAUAUUUUCGUGCAUAUAAAAGUGAUGGCAGUUUCCUGGAACUUCAAGAUUCUUGGCGCUUGUUUCGUAGUUACGAUGAAAAUGAGACGAUCCGCACAAGAGCCGAUAUGUUGUCAAUUCUAACACAAAUGGAACAUCCAGUACUUUUUAAACCGUACUUUGCAUUGCAUCCUUGCCGGACAAGUGAUAUUUUAGCUCAAACUGGUUCAAGUUCUAAUCGUGUUCUCACAUUUAUUUCUCUGAUGGGUCCUUAUUUACAAAUAUAUCUGAAUAAUAAAUAUGGCUUAUUGUUAUGACUUAUGGUGUCAUUAAUAUAUUAUAAAUUAUAAAAUAUU